AUGUUGACCUACCCUCUGACCUACACCAUGUUGACCUACCCUCUGACCUACACCAUGUUGCACCUACCCUCUGAUCUACACCAUGUUGACCUACCCUCUGCCUACACCAUGUUGACCUACCCUCUGACCUACACCAUGUUGACCUACCCUCUGACCUACACCAUGUUGACCUACCCUCUGAUCUACACCAUGUUGACCUACCCUCUGACCUACACCAUGUUGACCUACCCUCUGACCUACACCAUGUUGACCUACCCUCUGACCUACACCAUGUUGACCUACCCUCUGAUCUACACCAUGUUGACCUACCCUCUGACCUACACCAUGUUGACCUACCCUCUGACCUACACCAUGUUGACCUACCCUCUGACCUACACCAUGUUGACCUACCCUCUGAUCUACACCAUGUUGACCUACCCUCUGACCUACACCAUGUUGACCUACCCUCUGACCUACACCAUGUUGACCUACCCUCAGUCUACACCAUGUUGA